AUGAAAUUGAUUUCAGAAAUAUCAUUCUUUAAAUUUAUAAAUAAUAAAUCAAAUAAUGGUGAAUUUGAAUCAGCAACUCAAGAAUAUAGCGAAACUAUAAUUGAAGAACAAAAUAUUUUAAAAAAUCAAGAAGAGGGAGAAGAAAUAGUUGAAAAUGAAAAUGAACCAGAAAUUGAAAAGGAAUUAACAGAAACAAUAAUUAUAAAUGAAUCAAUUGAAAAUAUUAAGUUAUUUGGUAAUAAUAAUAAUAAUAGUAAUAAUAAUAAUAAAAAGAAUAAUAAUAAUAAUAAAAAAUCAAGAAAGAAAAGAAAAGUACAUGAAAAUAAUAAUAAUAAAAGUGUUGAUGUUCAAUAUAAAAAGGGUUAUUUUAUAAAUUCAAGAGGAAUGAAAUUAGUUUGUCAAGAAUGGAUACCACAUAAUCCAAGAGGUAUUGUUAUAGUUUUACAUGGAUAUGGUGAUCAUGGACAAACUACAUUAGCAGAAGAUUGUAAGAUUAUGGCAAGAAAUGGAUUUGCAUCAUUUAUUUAUGAUCAACAAGGACAUGGAUUAAGUGAAGGUGUACCAGCGUAUAUUAGGGAUUUUGAUGAUUUAGUAGAGGAUUCAUUAUUGUUUAUAUCAGAUAUUAAAUUUAGAUUUCCAAGAUUAAAGAGAUUCGUUUGUUGUACAAGUAUGGGUGGUGCAGUUGGUACAUUGGUUUCAUUAAGAAAACCAGAAGUAUUCGAUGGUGGUUUAAUUCUAUUGGCACCAUUGAUAAAGUUGGAUGAAAAUAUGAUACCAAAUCCAAUAUUAGUUUCAUUGUUAACAUGGGUUUCAAAAUCAUUUCCAACAUUAGCAAUUGUACCAGGAGAGAAUGUUUUGGAUCGUUCGAUCAAAGAUCCACAGAAAAGGGUUGAACAUGCAAAUCAUCCAUUAACUUAUAAAGGUAGAGCACGUAUUGGUACUGGUUUAGCAAUUCUAAAGGCAACAAGUUUUCUUCAAUCCCAUUUGGAGGAUAUUUCAGUUCCUCUUUUAAUUUUACAUGGUUCAUUGGAUAGAGUUUCUUCUCCAACCGUAAGUGAAGAACUCUACAAGAAAGCAAUCAGUGCCGAUAAAACUUUAAAAUUAUAUCCAACUUUUUGGCAUGGUAUAACCUCUGAAAAAGAUGCUGAUAUAGUUUAUAAUGAUAUUAUUAAUUGGAUGAUUGAAAGAUUAAAUCCUAAAAAAGAUUUUGUUGGUUCAGCCAGUUUUUAA